GUCGGCUGCAGGUCGCUUGGAGAGGAACGCGCAGCGGCUGAGGAAACACUAGAACCCGUCUGUAGUCUGCCUGCACUGCUUUAAGUGCGAGUCUUAUUCUCUUCUUAUCGCUACCUGGCAUUUUCAUCAACUUGGAGGAAUACAAACAUCUUCGAAGAAUCAAUUUGAAAAGGACAGACGGCCCUCUCAGCCCCGUCCCUCCACCCCAGUGAUGCUUAGCUGCUGUAUCCCAGAGGCCCACCUUGGCAGUUAGAGGAGAGGUCAUCACCAUGACUGCGUCCUCACAGGACUCCGCCCCCUCGUCUAUGGCUGGCCUCUUCCUCCUCCUCCUCCUCCUCCUCCCAGCCGUGGUAACGCAGAACUCUGCAUUCCCGACAACCCCGAGCCCGUCCUUGUUUGACCCGCUGACCCAACCAGAGUGCACAAAGAAAGAGCAUCCAAAGGUCUCCAUCCAAGCUCUCAGCCCGUGGAUUUCCACUUUCUCCCACCCUGGUGUGAGAGACUACUCCCAGCUCACCCUUGACCUGACUAGGAAUGAGCUUAUUGUGGGUGCCAGAAACUACCUUUUCAGACUGGACCUCAGUAACAUGUCGCUCAUACAGGCGACAGAAUGGGCACCGGACGAGGAAACCAGGAGGUCCUGUCAGAGCAAAGGCAAAACAGAGAUUGAAUGUCAGAACUACAUCAGAGUCCUGCUGGUGAACAAGACUGAGGUCAUGACCUGCGGAACGAAUGCCUUCCAGCCGCUAUGUAUUACCCGAGAGGUGGGAAACAUGAGCAGCGUGCUGGAGCGAGUGAACGGAGUGGCUCGCUGUCCGUACGACCCUCGGCACAACUCCACGGCGGUGGUGACGGAGAGCGGAGAGCUGUACGCCGCCACCGUCAUCGACUUCUCCGGCCGCGAUCCCGUCAUUUACCGCAGUCUGGGAGGCAUGCCGCCCCUCCGGACCGCCCAGUACAACUCCAAGUGGCUCAAUGAGCCUCACUUCAUCUCGGCCUACGACAUCGGCCUCUUCACCUUCUUCUUCCUGAGGGAGAACGCGGUGGAGCACGACUGCGGCAAGACGGUCUACUCCCGCGUGGCCAGAGUUUGCAAGAACGACAUCGGCGGUCGAUUUCUCCUGGAGGACACCUGGACCACGUUCAUGAAGGCGAGGCUCAACUGCUCUCGCUCCGGAGAGAUCCCGUUUUACUACAACGAGCUGCAGAGCACCUUCUACCUGCCCGAGCAAGACCUCAUCUACGGCAUCUUCACCACCAAUGUCAACAGCAUUGCGGCAUCUGCAGUUUGUGCCUUCAACCUGAGCGCCAUCACUCAGGCCUUCAACGGGCCUUUCCGCUCCCAGGAGAACCCUCGCUCCACCUGGCUCCCCACACCCAACCCCAUCCACAACUUCCAGUGUGGCACCAUCGAUGACGAGGGUCCCAACGAGGGUCUGACGGAGCGCAGCCUGCAGGACGCUCAGCGCCUUUACCUGAUGAACGAUGUGGUUCAGCCGGAGUCUGUCGAUCCGCUGGUCAUGCAGGAUGACGUUCGUUUCUCAAACCUAGUGGUGGACAUUGUUCAGGGCAUGGACACCCUCUACCACGUUAUCUACAUCAGCACAGAAUAUGGCACCAUCCUGAAAGCACUGGCGACGCCCAACAAGAACCUGCAAGGUUGUUACCUGGAGGAGAUGGAGCUCCUCCCAUCAGGUGUACGAGAACCAAUCCUGAGCUUGCAGAUCCUGCACAGCGACAGGUCGCUCUUCGUUGGGCUUCACAACAGAGUCCUGAAGAUCCCACUGGAGAGGUGCUCCACCUACAAAACUGAGACACUGUGCUUGGAGGCGAGGGACCCCUACUGUGGCUGGGACUUCAGGCAGCGCAGGUGCACCACGCUGGAGGACAGCUCCAACAUGAGCCAAUGGAAGCAAAACAUCACCCUGUGUCCGCUACGGAACCAGACCACCAAUGGGGGUUUCGGACCCUGGGCGCCAUGGCAACCCUGCAACAAUGAAGAUGUUGUGGACGGUGUGAGCUCCUGUUUGUGUCGCUCCAGGUCCUGUGACAGUCCUGCUCCUCGGUGUGGGGGCAAAAACUGUGAGGGUCCCACCAUCGAAGUCUCAAACUGCUCAAGAAAUGGAGGCUGGACACCGUGGUCGUCAUGGGGACAGUGCAGCACAACCUGUGGUACGGGCUUCGAGCUGCGUCAACGGUCCUGCAACAACCCGUCACCCCGACAUGGUGGCCGUGUGUGUGUGGGGCCCAGCAGAGAUGAAAGGUUCUGCAAUGAAGGGGUGUCGUGUCCUCAGCCUAUUUUCUGGACCCCAUGGGGCUCGUGGACAAAGUGCAGCACCGAGUGUGGCGGAGGUGUCCACUCGAGGGUGCGAACUUGUGAAAAUGGCAACAGCUGCCCAGGAUGUGCACUAGAGUACAAGGCCUGCAAUCUGGAGGCAUGUCCAGAGGUGAAGAGGAACACCCCCUGGACCCCCUGGAUGCCCGUCAACGUAACUCAAGGCGGCGCUCGCCAGGAGCAGAGGAUGCGCUAUAUGUGCCGAGCCCACCUGUCUGAUCCCCAUGAACUGCAGAUUGGACGGAGGAAGGUGGAGACGCGUUUCUGUCCAAAUGAUGGUACAGCAGCCUGCGAGACGGAUACCCUUGUUGAGGAGCUUCUGAAGACACCAGUGGUGAGGGUUGCGGGUUUAGGCUGGUCAUCGUGGGAAACCUGGUCGAGCUGCUCACAGAGUUGCGCCAAAGGCUACCGAACCCGUCGGCGAACUUGUGCCGGACCAGAGGGGAAGAGUGCCCCGGUGGCGUGCCGUGGCUCGCCCGUAGAAUACCAGGACUGUAACGUCCAGGCAUGUCCUGUGAAAGGUGCGUGGUCCUGCUGGUCGUCCUGGUCUCAGUGCUCCGUGGGUUGCGGUGGCGGUCACUACCAACGAACACGCUCCUGCAAUAGCCCUGCACCUGCCAAUGGAGGAGACAUUUGCAUUGGACUACACACUGAGGAGGCCCUGUGUAACACACACACUUGUGAUGAUGGUUGUGCGCAAAGAAGGGAGCAGAUGGUGGAGACUAAGCAGCCUGUUGGUGAGCACCAGACUGACAGGAAAGGUGGCUGGAUGGCCUGGUCACUGUGGUCAGCCUGUGAUGACUCAGGCUUGCAGAUGAGGAGUCGCGUAUGUGGCGCUCAGGGAAACAACCCCUGCGUGGGGAACAGCACUCAGCGCAGAGACUGCAAUGAAAUACCCGUCAUUCUGCCUGCAUCUGGUUUUGAUAAGGACCAACACUGUGGAGCAUUCACCUCCAUUCACCUAAUUGCCACUGGUGUAUCCUGUUUCCUCGGGGCGGGGCUGCUGUCCUUCCUAAUCUACGUAUAUUGUCAACGCUUCCACAAGCCUUCGCAAGAGUCUGCCAUCAUUCACCCCACCACCCCAAACCACCUCAACUACAAGGGCAACACCACGCCAAAGAAUGAGAAAUACACACCAAUGGAGUUUAAGACACUGAACAAAAACAACCUGCUUCCAGAUGAAAGAUCCAACUUCUACCCAACGCCACUCCAGCAGACCAACGUCUACACCACCACCUACUAUCCCACAGCGCUUGGCAAAUUCGACUACCAGCCCAACUCGUCCCCUUCACCGUGCAGGACCUACAACAACAGCAACAACAGCUGAGACACGGCCCACAACGGGCUCUCUAACCCCCCUGCCCCAAACGGACACCAACCCCAACGCCGUGGUGACAUAACAUGAACUGAAAUGUUGCUCCGAGCUUGGCCAGGUUCCUCUGUUCACCAUCGCCCCUCUCCUUGCUCCCGUAGUCUCUUCUGCAUGGUAGGGUUUGUGUUUUCAAGGGCGUUUUUUGGAACUUUCCAUCAGGAGAUGUGGGUUUGGACAACAAUGCCUGUGUCCUGGUACAGUCAUGAACUUAUGCAACCAGCUGGGGGUGUGUUAUGGUAAGGGCCUGACUGGAUAUAGCAGUGUCAACUCUCAGCUUUGUGUGGGCAACUAGUGGAAAAACUCUAGGAGGACGAGUAAUGGCUUUAGACAGAUUAUGACCACAUCACCUCAGUGCAGGUGCUGGGUCGAGCAUACGCAAUUCUGGAGGCUAACGUGAACAAAACACUACAAAAAAAAAAAAUUCCAUUUCUCUGGAUCUGGGUCACCAUUUUAUGCCUCUCCAUAACAAACCACAUCCUCAGCUUUGAGUCCCUUGACAACAAAAGCAGUUACAGAGAACAAACGGCGCAUAUGGUUAUGUCCUUGCCACACAACACAGAGCAAGAGAACAAAAGAGAAAACUCAAUGAAGUCGAUGAUGAAGUAAAUUAGAGAUCAAUAUCAGCCUGGUUGUUUGGGGGAGGGGGGAGGCAUGCACGCCCUCCAUUGAUGGCGUUUCACGUGACAAAAGAUAAGAACUUCAAAGUUGAUUAAGGUUUCGGACGGCUGUUUGGAGGAGUCACAGCACUCAGCAUCACUCAGCUGGAGAGAAACACCCUCUGUAUCAGCUUGUGAUCACAGUCUCGCGCCUUUUGUGGACAAGGACAUUCACUCGUAAAAUCAAAACAAAGCAAGGAAUGCUGGAGGUGUUCUGAACUGUAAAAGCUUUGGGAAUGCCGUGGGUGCCUGUAUGCAAUAGAGGGCAGGGGGCGAGAUUUGUUUAAUUUCUAUUUCAUUUGUUUUUUUUCCAAGAACAAUAAAGACUUCUGGAAGAGAAUUGAUUGAUUCUCCAAUUGAUUCUCCGAUGGAUGCAUUGAUUCUACUGAGUGCUAAAUAGCUCGGUGGUCAUAUCAAAUAUGGCCAGUGCGCUGAACAACUGGAUUGGGUUUUCUAUGAUGGUAGAAUAAGCUAGUAGACUGGCACUUGUUCUUUUUUUUUUUUUUUAAAUGUUUGUUUUUUUAAGAUGAUACUUGUUUCAUGCUCAGACGAGCCGUAGCAUAGGUGGAAAUAUUUUGUUAAAUAAGAUAUAACUGAUUAAUUCUUGUUUCCUUAAUUUCUUUAAUUUUUACUGAAUGAACGCAUUCCUUUGUUUUGAUUAUCCAGAAGCUUCAUAACCACUGCAUCUUCAACACAUGAAAUGCUAACACAAAAAUAAAACAAUUAAUUUUAAUGAUAUGGUUUUUUACAAAGAAUGACUGACAUUAACAUUAAUUUGGCCCCAACUGAAAAGACAAAAAGAAAAAAAAAAAACUGCUUGCUUAGAGGUUUGACAGUGUGAAGAUCAAAAUGAAUGCAUGCGUGUGUGGAUGUGCGUACGUGCAAACACAUGUACUGUCUGUAUGUCUGAAUGAGCAAAGGGGAGGGGGGGGUUGCUGUAUUUUGUACAAAGUUAAUGCUUUCAUACAUAUGACUAUGAGGUCUGUAAAGGUUGAUUUUUCUUUUUUUUUUUUUGCAUAUGUGUGCAUUUUUCCACACUCUGUCACUCUAGGCAUUCUGCUGGUUUUUCAUGUAUGAGAUGUUAAUCAUUGUAAGUUAAAGCAUCGCGCCUCUGGUUUCCUCUUGAGGUGGAAUGGACAUUAUUUAUAGUCAAAGCCUGGUUUAUAAAGGGCAUUUUCACAGCUAUAUUUUAUUAUUAUUGCCUGAUCGAUGAAUGCUAACCCAGCAAUGCUUUUCAGUUCAGCUAAUGUACAUGCACGAGAUGAGAGCUCUAUCUGUAUAUAAGAGCAAACAGCCUUCUGCCCAUUUAAUGUCCCCGAAGAGGAUCAUGUAAAUGUAUCUGUAUAUUGUAUAGCUAACACUGUUUGUUUAAAAAAUAAAAAAAAAAGCCUUAUAGUUGUUUAAAAAGGAAAAAAAAAAAAAAAAGUGCAGCAGCUAAGUACACACCAACCAUGAGGUUUGUUUGGGGACAGAGCUCCACGAUGUGACCGACCGCCUGUGGCUUCUGACCUUUCCCAGCUGCUCAAACAUCAAAUUUCCAGACUCAUGAACCCGCAAUGAAAACAACUCAGUGAAGCACUGAUAAUGACAGCAUUGAAUAUUAAAACACUGCAAAUAGCCACACAUAACCAGGAUAUGGCAUUCAAAAGAUGUGGUUGUGAUCUACAGUGAGCUCCUAUUGGCCUGGUCUCAAAGCCAUUCAUCUGAUUGGUUCAUUUGGAGCUCUGUCCCCUGCAAUGUGAGGCUCUGUGCCCUUCUAUGCAACUUACCAGGUGUACUGUUAGACCUGUCAUGUAGACUGUAAUCACUGCCUUUUAGACACUGUGAAUUUUUGGUACCCUAUAUUUUUGUAUAUUGUACAUUAUAAAAAGGACAAUAAACCUUGAUGCCAACACAAAA